GACCGCGCGCAGGCCGCGCGCCAACCUUCACGCGGGGCUCUCUCUGAGUUUGCGCGGCCGGAGCGCCGCUUCCCGCCGCGUCCGCGGGUCUACUUGUUGCUAGAGUCGCUUCGGUUCCGUUAGCGGUUAGCCGCUCGGAAGCUCCGCCCCCGCCUAGGAUCUGGAGGCCCGGGAAGCGAUGGGCACCAGGACAGGGGCGCAGCGGCCGGCCAGUGGGCCCGGGAUCGGACCGGCGGAGGCGCCGGUGAGCGGCUCCGAGCAGGACUCCGACUCCGGAGACGACGAAGACGCGGUGGAGUCCGGCGGGACCGGGAGGCGGGAGCGGCGGGACAAGGUGGCCCGCGGCCGAGCUCCGAGCGGGGCUUUCGGGGGCGCGGGCUCUGGACCGGUGGGCGCCAAACCCGGGAAGAAGACCAGGGGGAGGGUCAAGAUCAAGAUGGAGUUCAUCGACAACAAGCUGCGGCGCUACACCACCUUCAGCAAGAGGAAGACCGGCAUCAUGAAGAAGGCCUACGAGCUGUCCACCCUGACGGGGACGCAGGUGCUGCUGCUGGUUGCCAGUGAGACGGGUCACGUGUACACGUUUGCCACCAGGAAGCUGCAGCCCAUGAUCACGUCUGAGACCGGAAAGGCUCUGAUCCAGACCUGCCUCAACUCUCCGGACUCGCCCCCCCGAUGUGACCCCUCCUCAGACCAGAGGAUGAGCGCCACGGGCUUCGAGGAGACGGACCUCACCUACCAGGUGACGGAGGCAGACGGCGGUCCGGAGCCUGCAAAGGACCCCUCCAAGCCAGCCUUCAGCAUGACGGCCCCCCCCUCUGUGUCCCUGCAGGGGCAGACCAGCUCCCCCCCCUCCACCAACGGCUCGCUGAUGAAAAGCCCCCCCAGCGUCCUGCUGUCUGGAGGAAUCACUCUGAUGUCAGGCACCCACACCAUCCCCCUCAGCCAGCUGCAGGGCCAAGCCAUGGCCAUCCAGGGCCCCCCAGCCCCCACCGCUGCGCUACAAGCUCCACCUGUACAGCAAGCCACUCUGCUCCGCCUCCCCACUUCAGUGUCACUGUCAGGUUCUGGAGCAGCUCAGCAGCUGCAGACGAUUCAGGUGCAGCCCAGCAGUCAGCAGGUUUCCACCAACCAGAACAGUUCUGAUGUCCAUAGCCCCGCCUCCUCCAAAGGACUGAGUCUUCCUGUCUCCGUGGUGUCCUCUUCCUCCUCCUCCUCUUCCUCAGUGGCUGGUCACAUGAUGUACCCCGGCAGUCACACGGUCAUGUACACCACGCCCCCCUCGUCUCUGGGGGACGGCAGCAGCCUCGCCGUUCUCAACGCCUUUCCUGCAGCUGGACACAGCCAGUCACAAGAUCCGGCUGUGGUGCCGCAGGUCUUCCUCACAUCUCUUUCUUCAGUCGCUGCACAGAUCCCCGUUUCUGCAGUCCAGCUGCACCCGAUGGUCAUCAGCCAGCAGAGCAGCAGCAGCCUGACGGAGCUGCAGGUGGUCAGCCUGGAUGCUCACCAAUCCAGGGAAGACUGAAGGUCACGUGAUCGGGUUCACAUGUUCUGGACAUCAUGUAAAGACAGAGAACUCUUCAGGAGGUUAGAGGUCACGCCGUCCACCCCACAGGUCUGCAGACCGUUCCAACAUGCGCUCCUGGAUCUGCACGGCUUCUUCUGGUUCUUUCAGACCCGUUCUGGUUUGUCCUCCAGCGCCUUGGGGGGGCCGGGUCACCUGUACAUGAAAGUGGACCAGUCUCUGACCAGAACUCACCUGACUGCUGCGUUCAGCAGAAUAUUUCUGAGGACUUUGCACAGUCUGAGCUGGGAGUCUAGAUGGAGGUCUGCUUCUAGCUGGUGGGAUCAGAUCCGGUUUGAAUAAAGAGUGUCUACGGGUUCUGAGGCUGCUGUGUUCCUGGAACAUUCUGGAACGUUCUGCUGGACCUGGACCUUCAAAAGGU